CCAAUUCCCUGCCUCGCCUCCAUAUUUUUCUUUUAAUACCCUAGCCCACAAACCCUUCUCACCCUCUAUCAAUCUUGCCCACCAUUUACCAAGUAAGGCCAUGUUAAAACAUCUCAAAUUUUUUACCCCUAUCCCUCUUUUUUAUUGCAGCAUACCCUAUCCCCCGCUCUUCUCCCCUUUUCUCCAACUCCCUUAAUCUAAACGCACUGAUAUUUGCUGAUGAACAAAAAAAGAGAGGAAAAAAUAGCUUUACUUCCCAGCUCCAAAAUUAACAACUUUGGAAAACCAGCGUCUUAAAUUAGAGUUUACGCCCAAAACACUGAUCUCCAGGCACCGACGCCCAGCGUAUGUUCCUUCUCGUUCUUUAAAUUGUUGCUUCUCUUGAACAGGCACUUGACCGUUGAUGAGCACCACGGGAACUGCUCCACGACCUCUGUCCACCAUCUUCCUAUGCAAAUUAUCCAUAACAUGCCACAAGGGAUUGGAGAGAAGCACAGCUGGCGAUAUAACAAACUUUUUUAGCAUAUGUUCAUGCCAUUGAAAAGAUUCCAUUCUUAGAGUCCUGAAGUACCAAAUGGUAGCCCCAAUAAUCUUUGUCCAAUGAAAUUUCUUCAUCUCACAACUGUCAAUGGAAAAAAUCAGAAUAUCAUUAAGGUAAGCCCAAGAAGCAUAUGACAUUCUUAAUAGACACAAACCAACAACGGGAACACUAUUUCAUCCCAAACUGAUGUUCAGUUAUUGAUCGUAUUAAGGAAUGUCACAAUACAAUUUUUUAAAGAAUUGUCAAAAGAUAAACUAAAUUGUAUUAAGGAAUUCGUGAUAGGAAAUGUACUAUGAUUUUGGCCAUAACUCGAACAAAAAGCGAAGAUACAUGCCACGUUCUAGAGAUAUCGACCAUACAUUGACAAGGUUCAAUAUCAAGAUAUAAAAUUGGUCCAGGACAGUCCAUUUAUGAUGGAACAAAAUCCCCACCACGUGGAACAUGUAGCAACGUUGCAGUGAAGGUUUUGCAUCAAUCCAGAGUAUAGUUUCCAUCUAUGUGUGAUUUUAAGACGUUCUUUGAUUAGUUUAUGUGUCUUGAGAGUAAUAAUUUUCUUAACAAUUG